AUGCAAGAUCCUUGCGGGCAUUACACCGACUCUCAGACAGGAUCCUUCCAUGUCAGCUACUUGUGGAACACGAGCCCUGGGGGUAUGACUUCCUGCAAGACGGACGACCUGCAAACACCUGAGAAUUUCCUGGACUGGGAAUACUUGGGCAUGUGGUGGCGGGAGGCUGCCAACAGCACGACCUCAAACAACUCCUGGGCAGUCGCUUGGGGCUUCAACAUGGAGACGGCCAACUUGGCCAACCUGGACGAGCAUGGCAUCAACAAUAUUGACGGCGAAUUGUUCCACCUCAUGGGUGCAGAAUAUGCUACGAUUUGGGAUGGCAUUGUCCGCAAUGUUUCUUCCUGGGGCGGCGAAUUCUUACGCCAUGGCAACUGGGCAACCGGCAAUGUGACCCUCCGCCCUGGCACCAAGGAGCCCGUCUUCACGCCCACGAUGGCCUCUCGCUUGGACUGGGGUCUCACAUCCUACGCGGCCGCCGCGCAGGUCCUGACUGCUGACUCCCAGACCUCCACGAAAAGCGGCGUCACCGUCGACCGCUGGAUCGCAUAUAUCUGGCUCUCGGGCGACGAAUUUGGCACGCUCAAGUACGCCCCACCCGCAGCUCAGAACUGGACUGGUGCCCUCUGCCUUCCGCGCGAGUUGUCCAUCGGCUACGUCGACAACGUCGUCCUCGACGACCUAUCCUCCGAGACGCCGGCCGCCUGGACCAUCGACAGCCACGACGACACGACCAACACGGUGCGGCUCAAGACGCUGAAGCAGGUCGUCGCAAGGGAGACACUGGCCGCUCUGCAGGACCCAGCCACGACGACCGUCAUCACCGAGCCCGGCACUACUAUUAGCCAGCCCGGCGAGGUACCCUUCACCAACUCGCCCUCCUCGCGGUUCUUCACCAUGUCUACCAACAUCACCUUCCCGGCGUCAGCCCGUAAGAGUGGUCUGCGGGUAGGAUUCCAGAUAUUGGCUAGUGAGAACGAACGGACCAAUAUUUGGUACCAGCUUUCGAGCGACACUUUCUCUAUCGACCGGUCCGAGUCCAGCGCAGCGGCUUUAUCGACAGCGAAAUUCGACCUGAGAGAGGAGAAGGGCCUUUUCAGACUGUUUGACAUUGAGCGAAGCGGUAACGUCGAGGUCCUCCAGCUCACAAUCGUUGUCGACAACUCUGUUGUUGAGAUCUUUGCCAAUGAGCGCUUUGGCCUGGCUUCACAAAUCAAGCCAUGGUACGCAAACUCAACCAACAUCAGCUUCCUGCACGAUGGUGAAGGCAAGGCGACUUUCAGCGAUGUGACCAUUCAUGAAGGCUUGAUUGAUGCGUUCCCGAACAGAAAAUAA